CCCGCCUGCUCGCGCUGCAGUUCGUGCGCGAGAGAAACCAACGGCUCACACGACGCCAGGAAACAAUCCAGCAGCGCUUUGCACGACAACAUAAAAAAGCAAAACAGGAUGUCAGACUCUGAAGACUCGGAUCUGGAGGAACGAGCAGACGUGGUGCGACACCGAACCAAGAUCAUCUAUCAGAGCCAGUUCCCGUACAUUCACAUGGAGCCGCCCGACGUCAUAUACCAGCGCUGGACCAAGAUAAAGCCCGAGGUGAAGAAGCACGUGGGUCAUCUGAUGCACGUGUCUGUGUUUUGGUGGCAUAUCCUCCUGAGACAGCAGGACAAUCACCCCACCACCUUCUGGGCCGUGGAGAUGGGCUUUCUGGACUCAAACGUGUCGAAUGAUUUGAGUCUGAAGAGGCUUGAGAAGAUUGAGAUUCUGGAAAGCAUUCUGGAUGCCAUGGAGAGAGGCCUGUCUCACUCGGACAUGGAGACGAAAGCCCGAGCCGCGGUGUCCCUAAGCAGAUUGUUUUCCAUGGACGAGGAUUGUUUGCCUCAAGCCAUCGGCUGGCUGCGGCACUCUGGAGAUCCUGACGUCGGUAAGAAGCUGAUGGAUCUCGGAUCGGUGGAGAUUCGCUAUCGGACGCUCCGCUUCAUCUUCAUCGAGUAUUCACGUUAUCUUCAGGUGAUUUCAUGCAGUAAAAAGAAAGCCAUCGAGGAGCUGAAAUCAGAGCCGGACUCUUGGGCUUUAUCGAAAAGCGAAGAUAUGAAAAACAAAGGAAAUGAGCAUUUUCAGAAGAAGAAAUAUGAUCUGGCGUUGAAGUGGUACACCAAAGCCAUUAAAUACCACCCGAGCAACCACAUCCUCUACGGGAACAGAGCGCUCUGCUACAUUCGCGCGGAGAAAUAUCUGAAAGCACUUGGAGACGGAAAGAGAGCCGUUAUAUUACAGCCAGACUGGGCCAAGGGUCACUACCGCUUCUGUGAUGCUCUGUUCUAUCUGGGGGAGCAUCAGAAAGCUCUGACGGCCAACCUCCUGGCUCAGGACGCCUGCGGCACAGACACCGAGGGACAGAAAGACCUGCUGCAGCAGCACGAGCGCUUCCAGACGGAGCUGCAGGAGAGCAGAGAGAUGAAGACCAAGAAAACCGAAACGAAGAAAACUUCUAAAAGCAGAUCACACGCGGCUAGCGAUUCUUCAGGUCAUCAUCAGAAAUCCAGUCAUCAGCCGGAAGCGGCGUCUCAGUCUUCAGUCCUGGAGAGUUCGCAAUCUGAAAACUGGAAACACCAGGAUGACACUGCAGUGUCUCCUGUCGUGUGUGUGUGUGUGUAUUUACUCCUCCUCCUUCUUGCCGCUGCGCUCGUUUCUAGAAGAGACGGGUGGUUGGUCUGGUCCUGCGGGUUCUUGAUUGUCUUUACUCCGGAGAUUUACUUCCUCACGCGACGCAAUAAUCCCAUAAUUCACAUCUUUUCAGGGAAUUCAGGAGCUCGAGUGUUCGCUGAAGGAAGAGCUGACAUAAAGAGUGAAAUGAGUCCACGAAAGACUAAGAAAGCCUCAUCCGCUGUCCCAGAGAAGCCGGCGGUCCGGAGCAAACACCCCCCUGUCCCGGAUGGACCGAGCCCUCCAGCGGAGGACGAGAGCGAGGCGGGGAGGAGGAACCGCUUCUGUGCCGCCGUUCAGGAGGCUCACGUGGCUCUGAGCGACCAGCGCUGCCGGAACGCACAGCAGUCCUUCUCUGUGGCGCUCAGGAUCCUGGAGUCCAGCGGGACCUCGGAGCUGGGUUUGACGGAGCUGGAUAAAUCUGUGCUGAUGUAUGGAUAUGCGACGGCCCUGCUGGAAAUCGGACAGCCUGAGGAACUGGCUGAAGCUGAGCGGUUGUUCACCAAAUUAGAGUCGUCAGAGAGGAAGUUUCAGUUGCUGGUGCAUUAUGGGAUGGGCAGAGUUUACCUGAAGGAGAACAGAUUUACUAAAGCUCUGGAGUGCUUCACUAACGCACAACUGAUGAUCCAGAGACGCAUCACACCUGGAAAACUCACCUGGCCAACCACUAAAACUACAGUAGAGGAAACACAGCCGGCCUGUUUAAAGGUACGUCUGGAGGACUUCAUAGAGGUGUGUAAGUUUCCUCCUAAAGUGGACGCGGUCUGCCGGUAUCAGCACUGCCUCUCUCAUACGGUGGAGAUCUACUUCAGCGAUCCAGACUUUAAGGGCUUCAUCCAGCUGACCUGCUGUCAGAGCUGCAGAGUCGAGUUUCAUAUGAGCUGCUGGAAGAAGCUCAAAACACUUUCAUUCUCCGAUAAGAACGACAAGGAUUUUCUAAAAGAUUCAUGUUUUACGCCAGACUGUGGAGGUCAGGUCUGUCACAUUGUAAUAUAUGGCUCAACGGGGCUGAUAAAGUGUGAGUUUAAAACAUCUAUUCCUAAAAUCAGACCUGUUGGACGAUUGAGAAUCAAGCAGCAAUGUACAAGUAUUAAGAAGUUGAAGUCUAAAAAUGAACGAAAGCUUCGGCGGAAACAACACAAGUUGGCGACACGUUCUGCCUGUCAAGAGAGAAAGCAAGUAACGGCUGCGGACGCCCCUAAAGACCCGACGGCAGAGAGAGAGCCACCCAGAGACUGUAUUGAUAUGGACCGUGUUUUACAUCAAAUUCAUGAUAACAAAGGACUUUUUAAAGAAGAGUCAGUGAAUAUUUCUUGCUUUUUGGAGCAUCUGCGGCCGUGGCUGGAUUUAUUUGAGAGUAAAGGACAUGAGAGUGUGCUAAACAGCCGUAGAGACCCUGGACCUCUGUGGGAGCUGGUGGACCUUCUGCUGGAGUCCAGAAACCGGGUCUGGGCUCGAGUCUUCAUCGAAACGCUCGGCCUGAUGCUUCAUAUCAAACCCAAAGUGCAGCAGUGGGCUCAGCAGCUCGAUAACGCUGGUCUGAAAGCCGCGGAGUCGUUCGUCAGUCGUUACAGCUCUCAUCUGGAGGAGUUGGACCUGAAGCCUCUGCUCACGUUCACACCGCUGCAGGAGACACUCAUCGAGAAGUUCGGCACCGUUCCGGAAUUAUUUGACCGUGACGGUUUAACUGUAAUGGAGUACUUAAGACAGGCUCCGGCUAAAGAAAUGCGUCUGUUUAUUUGGACUCUAGAGUCGAAUCGAGAGCGCUAUCAUUCCUGUCACUCCAUUCUCGAUCAAUAUUUUGAAGAUGAUGCUGUUUGUUUAGUCAUUAAAAAGACGGAUGAUGACGAGCACAUGAGCUCAGUAUUUAAGAGUAAAAAUCGGCAUCGCAAGAAGAAGCAGAAGGAGUUAAAGUCUGUUAUUGUGCUGUCUGGAAUGAGAGGUGGACAUCCGGGGGAUGAGGAUGAGGAAGAUGAGCUGUUCUCUGAGGAAGACGCUUUGAUGUUCCUGAGCAGCAUGGAUCCGUUCAGCGUCCCCGAACACCUGCGAGGGCAGCUGGAGGAGUUUGAGGAGCAGUACGCCGGAUCAGCCCACCGGAGCCACUACCAGAGAAUCCUGGACAGUAACCCCGACCCCACUAAAGAGAGUUUAUACGAGUACGUCUCUUUAACUAUAAAACUUAUGCAUCACACCAGAGACAUCAGUGUGAAGAAUAAAGAGUAUCAGGCAGACCUGGAACGAUUCCUGGAUGUCAGUAACCAGUGUGCGUCUGAGCGUCUGCAUCUGGAGGAGGAGAUCAAGCGCUUCAGAGACGCAUGUGUGAAGGCCCAGAGGAGAUCCAUGAUGGCUCAGCUGUGUGUCCUGCAGAGCAGACGUGAACACGCGCUGCGGCGGCUCCGGAUGAGUGUCUCUGAAGGGAAGAUGGUGGUCAAACACCUGACGGAGGCGUCACUCAGUUUCCCCUCCGGUGCGCUGCUGUCAGCCAUAGACGACUGGAAGAAACACAUGUGCGACGCUGAAGACAAAAUCAACAGGACGCAGAUGGAGUUUGAGGCUCAGAUGGAUGAGGUGAAGAGCGGCACCAGACUCUGUUCACUGCCUGAUAUCUGCGUUCCCAGCGUCCCCGCAGCACCCGCUCUACCGGCCAUGCUUCCUCCUCCGGUUCCUCAGUUCUACGGGCCGUACGUGUCACUUCCUCCCGGCCGCACAGGACGCAGCACACCGACAGACCGACUUCCCGAAGGGCCCCCAGCGCCGCCACACCUCACCGUGUACGAGCGGAUCCUGGAGCGACUCCACAUGAUGUUCCCUCAUUACAACAGAUUGUGCUGCAGUUUCCCCUCCGGUGCGCUGCUGUCAGCCAUAGACGACUGGAAGAAACACAUGUGCGACGCUGAAGACAAAAUCAACAGGACGCAGAUGGAGUUUGAGGCUCAGAUGGAUGAGGUGAAGAGCGGCACCAGACUCUGUUCACUGCCUGAUAUCUGCGUUCCCAGCGUCCCCGCAGCACCCGCUCUACCGGCCAUGCUUCCUCCUCCGGUUCCUCAGUUCUACGGGCCGUACGUGUCACUUCCUCCCGGCCGCACAGGACGCAGCACACCGACAGACCGACUUCCCGAAGGGCCCCCAGCGCCGCCACACCUCACCGUGUACGAGCGGAUCCUGGAGCGACUCCACAUGAUGUUCCCUCAUUACAACAGGCGGGUUCUGAGCAAGUUCAUCCAGGAGGUCCGUGUGUCCAGCGGAGGCGCUCUCAGCACGGUGACCUAUGAUGACGUCAUCAACCGAGUGGCUCAGCUCAUCCUGGACCAUCAGGAGAACACGCGUGAGCAGAUGAACCUCGCGGGUAGAGACGCUCUGGGUCAUAUGACUCCUCCGUCUGAUGCCGCUGUCAGAGCCACCGGGCCGCCACUUACACAUGUGUGGAAGAACGUGUCAGAGAAACAUCGCAACACGGCGCUGGCGCUGAACAUGGAGGAUCCGUGCAUCAUCUGUCACGAGGACAUGAGUCCAGAGGAAGUGUGUGUCCUGGAGUGCCGCCACAGCUUCCACAGAGAGUGUAUAAAGUCGUGGCUGAAGGAGCAGAGCACGUGUCCCACCUGUCGAGAGCACGCGCUGUUACCGGAGGACUUUCCCAUGCUGCCCGGCAGACACCGCAGGAGCCACACGCCCGCCGCCGCCUUUAACUGACCCACUGUAUGUUCAUCUGCACCAGUCUUAUCUUCAUAAUCACACACUCA